AUGCAUAUUGCAACGCACCCCGCGAAGGGUUGUGCCGCACUUGAGCACUUCGUUCUGAACAUCUCUUUCACUUGUCGGACGAGGGCCAACAUGCCAUCGUCUUUCGCCCGGCUUAAGGUUGUGAAAGGAGACAUCACCAAAAUAAAGGUUGAUGCCAUCGUUAUUUCAACCAACUCAACCUUUGACCGCGGUUCUCUCGCGCAAAGUGCACAUCAAUCGGCUGGCCUUCAACUCAAGUUGGAAACACAGAAGCUAAUUCGCUGCGAUGUAGGUGACGCCCGCCUUGCUUCAGGAUUUUCCCUCCCUGCGAAGAACGUCAUCUUUACUGUCGGACCAACUUGGCAAGAUGGCCAGCAUGGUGAGGACGAUUCACUGGCAAAAUGUUAUACUUCUUGUUUAAAGCUGGCGGUCGAGAACAACUAUAACACAGUAGCGAUGCCCGCCAUAAGCUGUGGUGCGAACGGAUUUCCUUUUCGGAGGUCAAUUACAAUCGCCGUGAGAGCAGUAUCUAGUUUCAUCUCUGAACAUCAUAAAUUGCAUGUGACGUUUGUCUGUAUGGACGAGCGGUUUCAGAACGUCCCAGACUGGUACCUAUCGGAGAUAAAGAAGCAAAGGCGCUCGAGGCGUAUUUCUCCUGAUGAUCCGCGGCGACAGGAAUUUCUUGAGAAUCUACUGGUAGUCAAAGGGAAUAUUACAAAGAUAGUUGCUGAUGCUGUAGUGAAUGCGGCCAAAUCAAGCCUGCUCGGCGGCGGUGGCGUCGACGGUGCAGUACACCGUGCUGCAGGCCCUGAACUGCUACAAGAGUGCAGGAAGCUGAACGGGUGUCCAGUUGGUGACGCGCGGAUUACAAAUGCUUACAAGUUGCAAGCCAGAUAUGUCAUCCACACCGUAGGACCAGUAUGGGGCGGCGGGAAGCAUGAGGAAGACUUUCUACUAAGAGAGUGUUAUAUGUCCUCAUUGGAACUUGCGAAAAAUCACGAUUGUCGAACGAUUGUGUUCCCGGCAAUCAGUUGUGGUGUAUACAGCUUCCCGUUUGCAAGAGCCACGGGUAUUGCGAUUGAUGCGGUGCUUGACUUUAAAGCCGAGCAUGGGGACCACAUGCAGGUUUCCUUUUGUUGCUUCAGUGAGAGGGACAAAAAUAUUUAUCUUUCUGAGAUGCAGAAGAGAAAAGGACAAGACUGAGACCCGUUCCUAAGUCCGGGAUGAUUGUCUCCGAACGAAAUUCUGUCGCAUUGAAAUACAUAAACAGAACAAAAUCCUCCGUAGCUACAGUGCGUUUGGGGCACAGCAAUUGGCAUAUGGACUGAACUCUGUGCCUGUUCUCCCUUUGUACGGACAAUCGCAAUGGCCACGACAGGAGACCGAGCCCAUACGGUGGUGGUCAUUUCGAUCAUUUCUUUCCUAUCUCACUUGUUCAUUGCUCCCUGACGCGAGGAUUUGUGACGGGGCCCAUAACAAUGGCUGUUCGUUUCCUGUCAUGAAAGUAUUGGAUGCAGUAGUCCUGAUGGAAGACUUGCUAAAGGAGCGAGCUUCGAUUUGAGAACCGUUUCGGUCAUGGUUCAAUAGCCGGGAAGCGUUUUACGGUAGUUGGUCGUGGUGGGAGCCUUCUGGCGUUUACACUAGAUUCAAGAGCUCUUGCAACUCCCGUUACGCCCGAUCGUUUAGUAAAGUAGCACAUCUGCGGCC